ACCGCGUUCCGUUCUUCAACGGCAACAAAUUUUUUUUUUUUACAUUCCCUCUUCUCUUCUUCGGAUUUCUUGUGGUUCGGAUUUCGUCCUCUGUCUGCCUUCUGAAUCGGGAUUGUCGAUUCGAGGAUUCUCUUGAAAAUUUCCUGUCUUUUUCUUUUCACCGACGAAUUUUACAACCGAAGUGAAGGCUAGAGGGUGAUGGUUGUUAUCGUCAAUGGCGAUGAUUGAAGCGUCCAUUGCGUUGGGCUAGGCUAUGGUUGACCUUUUCGGAGUGUUUUGCGGUGGUUUAGGGUGUUUUAGGAAGUGGUUGUUUGAUAUAUUGUUGGAUUACCGAUGAAACAGGAAUCGGUUCUUGAGCGAAUCAGUGGAUAAAGUCCUGUAAUUAUAGCAUGGAGUGAUCAUCAAGCAGCAUUUUUUGGGCUUAUUUCUCAGAGUAACCCUUUAUCUGAUAAGGGUUUUUGCUCUGAAGCAGUGGCAUUUUGAUGGAUUGCAAGGAACAUGGUUCUAUUGCCCCAGAUGGGUGUAGUUCCGACUCGGGCAAUAAGAAUGCUGAUGACCUGGGCUCAGAUCAUGUAAUGGAUAGCGUUGGAGACGAUGAGAUGAAGAUAGAUAGUUUAUGCACGGUUGCCCUUGAGAUAGAGAAUGCAGGAAAAAAAGAAACCAGGGUUAGUUCAAAUUGUGAAAGCUCUGUCCUUGAUGUUCCUAAAGCGAAAGCCAGUGGACAGUGCUCCGAGAAAGAGAGCUCUGCAGGGCAUGAUAGAACUUCUGUCAGUCCUUUUGAGGCAUCCCAAGUUACUUCCGGUUCAGAUCCGAAUCAUCCAAUAAUGGAGGCUCGUGGAAGGUGCUUUGGGGAGAUUAAGCAAAUGAUAGAUGGGAAAAGCCUCAUGUCCUUAACAGAAAGACAUAGUGAAUGCUCAGAUGAUGAUGAUCGAACAUCUCGUAGUAAAGAUGCUGACAAUCAGGGCGAGGAACUUGUGCCAAAGGAACUUGAACUAACCCAUAGAUCGAUACCAGAUGUCGUUGUACCUGUAGACUGUAAUAAGCAAGAAGAUGGAAAGGCUAGUCAGGAUACAAAUUAUUCCGUUGUACCUGUUGUUUUUGAGAGUGUGCAAGAAAAAGGAGAUCUGAAGGCUAAAGAAGAUGAAAUUUCCGGUAGUUCAGUAUUACCUAUAGGGGGCAGCAAAACAAAUAGUAAAUUGGCUUCCGUAGUUGAUGCACCAAAUCAUUGUGAGGCUUUGGAUGCUGUUAAGGACAGAAACAUUGUUGAAAUUGGCGGUGACAGUUCUAGUUGUACCUCUGAUGUAAGAGUCGAGGAAGAGAGAAAUGAACUUUUGAGUGAACAAGAUGCUGCACCUUCCGAUGAUGCAUCUUACCUCCCAAGUUGUCAAUUAUGUUCAGAUUCAAUAUUGGACAUUGGAGGUUUGAGUUGUAGUGCCACAGAAAAUGAUUUGAAAGCCUCAGGUGAAAAAGGAGGCAAAAUGGAUGUCUCUACAUGUCCUUUACUAAUUUUGCCACAAAUGUUCUGUGGUCAAGCUAAAGAAGAUGAUAGUAAUGUGAUUAAUCCAUGUGCAAAUGAUCUUGAGGGCAAUAAAGAUAUGAAGACAUACACUUCAGGUUUGAAGCUGCUACAUGAGGCAGAUCUUCAUAGUAAUAUUCCUGGGAAGAAUGAUCGACGACUGGAGAACCAUGUGGGGUUAUUGCCCACUAGGAAAGCUCCAGAUGCUUUGGAAGAGAAUAAUGAUAGUGCUGCUGAUACUGCAGCUGAGGUUUUCAGCCAGGUGCUACUUGUAGAGGAAAAUGCUCGUGGCUUGGGAGGUGGGGUCCCUAUCACCAUGUCUUCUUUGAAGCUGAAUUUUCCAUCGGAAUUUGAAAAAGGUACCAUUGAUGUUCCUAUUUCUAGCAACACAGUUGAAUAUUUGAGAACAGUGGAUGAUAAUGAUAGACUAGGCGGUGAAAUUACAUCUGCAUCUGGAACUUAUUGUUCUGAGACUAUCCUGUCUUUUCCCCGUAGAAAGGGCCGAGAUAAUAACCAGGGUAAAAAGGCUCAGACAAAAAGAAGUGCUCCCCGUUCAAGAAAAUCCUCCAGAAAGAAACAAUCAGAAAAAAAUUUUGAAUCGAUUUUCAAUUGUUCAAAGCAGAAGAGGAGCUGCUUUUCAAAACCUGCACGUUCAUGUGAAUGGGGAUUACCAAGAAGCACUACUCAGAUUUUCUUGCAGAGUAACAAUCUUCCUUCCUACGAACCUCCAAAUCAAGGACCACAUAGCAAUCGGGGAAACAGUAAACCUAGUAAAAGUUGCCGUAAUGGGCAUCGAGAAGAAUCUAUCAAAAAAAGUCAAACAUCUGGUGGCUGUUGCCUUCGGUUGAAGGUCAAAUUUGGAAAAUCGGGUGGUAUGAAUCCUCUCAAUGUUACAGUUUCUAAGGUCAUUGAUGACUCCUUGUCUAAUGACAAUGGCCAGGUAGGCUCUGGUUUAGGAGUUCCGGUAUCAGCCAGCCGUGAAGGGAUGAAUCUGCAAACUGCAGAAGUUGGAGAACACUCAGAAGAGUGUGCAAAGCUCGAGAAAGAUGACUUAGAGGCUCAGACUUUAUGUGGGAGGCUGGCUGGUAAUGCUGCAGAUGAUGACCUUUCCUUGGGUGUAGUUGUUGAAGAAUGCAGAAAAUCCACUGAAAACUGCUACAUAGAUGCCGGAACUUCUCCAGAUUCCGAAGUUAUCAAUUCUGUGCCUGAUGCCAUCGUCAGUUCUGGACAUCAGGGUGACUUGCGUCAUACAGUUUUGUGCAUUCCUGAGGCAUGUGCCAAUCCUGAAGAUGCUAUCAACAGAAAGGAAGACAAAAAGGAAGAUUGUUCAUCUUAUAUUGGCAGACCAAACAAAUCCAAACAGCCAAAGGGCCAACGGAGGGGAGAGCGAAAGGAUGGCCUCUAUCCUGAACAGAACUCUCUGCCUAGAGAUGAUGAACUCAGAGUCAUAGAAGAGAGUACAGAACCAGGAAGCUGUAAGGAGGCUUAUCCCAGUUUUGACCUACAGUUAGGCGGAUCACACAGUUCCAAAGAUGUGCUUUAUUCAGCUAAAUCCAAGGGAAAAUCCAAGAGCAAGGGUGUUCCUAAAAGCUCAAAAAAUAAUGGCUCAAAGAAGGGGAAAUCCAACAUUUCUGAAUCUUCCAGGAGCAGGAGAAGAAUUGAAGCUGGAGAGAGGGCAGAGCAACAAAAACUCAUUAGUAGUGGUAGUGGAAAGGUAGAGGGUGGCGCCACUGAAGUGGGAAGUGUACAGUCACAUGAAACGACAGAUGUUACCAAUGGGGAAAUGGUCUUGGGCGGUACAAUUGGGGAGAAUGCUUCGGCAGAUAGUGCUUGGGUUCGGUGUGAUGAUUGCUUCAAAUGGCGACGGAUACCUGCUUCUCUUCUAGGAACAAUUGAUGAGAACUGUAUAUGGAUCUGUAUGUACAACUUGGAUAAAGAUUUUGCUGAUUGCUCAAUCCCUCAAGAGAUGUCGGAUGAAGAAAUUAAUACUGAAUUGGGCAUAACACAGGAUGAAGCAAAUGCGUACGACAGUGAUCUGGCAAACAAGGAAAAAGGAAAGGGACAGAAGUGCGAAGGGUUGCCAGGUAACCGAAAGGCAUGCUUCAAGGCUAUAAAAACAAAUCAGUUUCUCCGCCGUAAUCGUAAAGCUCUGACAAUCGAUGAGAUAAUGGUAUGUCACUGUAAACCGCCACCUGAUGGCUGGUUGGGUUGCGGAGAGGAAUGUCUCAAUAGAAUGCUUAACAUUGAAUGUGUUCAAGGUACCUGUCCCUGUGGGGAUUUCUGCUCAAACCAUCAGUUUCAAAAGCGGAAGUAUGCUAAAUUUGAGAGAUUCCAGUCUGGUAAGAAGGGUUAUGGCCUGAGACUGCUCGAGGAUGUACGCAGGGGACAGUUCCUUAUUGAAUAUGUCGGAGAGGUGCUUGAUAUUCUAGCAUAUGAGGCUCGUCAAAAGGAUUAUGCUGCCAAGGGUGAGAAGCAUUUCUAUUUCAUGACACUGAAUGGCAAUGAGGUGAUAGAUGCUGGUUCCAAGGGAAACUUAGGGCGCUUCAUUAAUCAUAGUUGUGAACCAAACUGCCGUACAGAGAAGUGGAUGGUGAAUGGUGAAAUUUGCGUUGGAAUAUUUUCCCUGCGAGACAUUAAGAAGGGCGAAGAGGUGACAUUUGACUACAACUAUGUUAGGGUAUUUGGAGCUGCUGCCAAAAAGUGCUAUUGUGGAUCAUCACAUUGCCGAGGUUAUAUCGGGGGUGAUCCUCUGAAUGGUGAUGUAGUUAUUCAAAGUGAUUCUGAUGAAGAAUUUGCCGAACCUGUGAUGCUUGUAGAUGAUGAAAAUGGGGAUGGUAUCUUAGAUGCAACAUCUAGAAUCUCCAUUAAUAGUGCAGAAGUACAAAUGCCACGAAACAUUGCAAAGAUUGAUGGUUCUAAGGACCUUGCUCUUGAAAUUUCCCACCCAGAGAGCUCAGUAUCUGUAGAACCUUUGGAAAGAGAUAUCGUUCCAACUCUUCAGCUAACUGAAGGUUCCAAGGAACACACAGCUGGCAUGUCUGUAACUGAUGUACAGCAGGAGGUUUCUGUUGAAGGGAAAAGUGUAACCACAUCUUCCACUUCUGUCUCCCUUAGCAAGCUGUUCUCUGACAGUACUGAAGCUGAUAAGAUGGCUAUGCAUGUUUCUGGUGAAGAUAAGACGAUGGUUCCAAGAUCCCGUCCUCUAUUUAAAACUUCUCAUUCCUCUGGUUCUAGUAAGCGAGAUAAAGGAAGUAAACGUCCCAGUGUAACAAAGGUGCAGAUUAUAACGGCCGGUAAGUUGCAUCAGCAGCUUGUGAAAUCUAAAGGAUCAGAAGAAACUUCCCCUAGCGGGCAUAUGGAAACAUUUGAGGGGAAACUGAACGAUUUACUGGAUUCUGAAGGAGGGAUUAGCAAGCGGAAGGAUUCAACAAAAGGGUACUUGAAACUUCUUCUUCUCACUGCAGCUUCCCGAGGCAAUGCCAACAAUGAAGGAAUCCAAAGCAACCGAGAUCUUUCAAUGAUUCUCGAUGCCCUUUUGAAGACAAAGUCACGUGCUGUUUUGAUGGAUGUAAUCAACAAAAAUGGGCUGCAAAUGCUACAUAAUAUCAUGAAACAGUAUCGAAGGGAUUUUAAAAAGACUCCAAUACUCCGGAAACUUCUUAAGGUAUUAGGGUAUCUGGCAACAAGGGAAAUUCUUACACUAGAACAUAUAAUCAGAAGGCCGCCAUGUCUUGGGAUGGAAAGCUUCAAGGACUCUAUACUGACACUGACCGAGCAUGAUGACAAACAGGUUCAUCAAAUUGCCCGGAACUUCAGAGACAGAUGGAUUCCUAAACCGUUUAGAAGACCUUAUUACAUGGACAGGGAUGAGAGGUUGGAGUCUAUUAACAACAGAUUCUUAGCAUCACAGUCACCUCAGUAUGAUCAUCAGCCAUCAAGAUCCACAGAGCCGGCGGUAUCGGGCUUCUUGUCAAGAGCUGCAUCUUCUGAAACAGCUUCAGUAUCUGAAUUUGGUUCAGAACCAAAUUCCAGUGGUCACGAAGCAAAUGGUUUCAGAAUUCGUAAGCGUAGAAGCAGAUGGGACCAGCCGGCAAUGGCAAAAGAACAAAGAACGGAAACCACUUUGCCUCAACAGUCCAGUGAAAUGAAUGGAAACCAAGAUAUGCAGGAGGACGACCUCCCUCCUGGAUUUUCCUCACCAUUGAAGCAACCCUACAACAACAAAAAUGCUCCUGAUGAUGCAGUAAUUGCACAACCUCAAGGGAAGUUCCUUUCUCGGUUACCUGUCUCCUAUGGAAUUCCAUUGAGCAUUGUUCACGAAUUGGGCUCUCCUAACAAAGAAGAUCCGGACAGUUGGUCUAUUGCUCCUGGGAUACCGUUUCAACCAUUUCCACCUCUACCCCCAGUUUCUCGGGAUGAAUACUUUUCGAGGAAAAACGGGUCGGUCUCUACAUCGGGCAACCAACAUGGAAAUCCAGCUUGCUCGGGCGAGAACUUAACAGGCACAGCCAUCUUUAACCAGGCCUGUUGGAACAUUUCAGGGGCUGACACCAACUCGGGAAACAACCGAAAGAGAGGAUUUCCAUCGGAAAACGGAGGAAGAUACUUCAGGCAACAGAAGUGGAAUGUUCCUCCAUGGACCAGGAAUGGUUGGGGAAAUCAAGGAGACAACGUUAGAGGGAAUACAAGUAGUAGUAGUGGCCAUGAACCUGGGGAAUAAUAUGACUUGUGAGAAAUUCAGUAACUCAUAUUGGUGACUAUUUUGAUAAAGGCCUUUGGUGAAAGUGGAAGUGGUGGGCAUGUACAAUUCUUCUCAACAAACAACAACAGCUCUGAAGAAGAAAGGAAUUACAUUGAUUGAUUCAUAGGGAAAUUCCCCUGGACAGAUCUUUUGUGUUUUUCUUCCUCAGUGUAUCCUAAAUUCUUUAAUUUUAUGAAGAGAAAAAAAAAAACUUUUGAUUA